AUGACAAAGAGGCUUAGUACAAGUUCUGUAACUAAAAAAGUGGACUAUGAUUUCGUGAAAUUUCGUGGCAGAAAGUUGACAGUCGUAGACUGUCCUGGACUGUUGGAUACCAGCUGUACGGCAAAGGAAGCAGCUGAGUUAGUAUUUUCUUCAAUACAUCAAGCGGUUUUUAUUAAUACAAAAGGAUAUGAUGCAAUUAUUUAUGUUUGUAAAUUGGGUCGUUUUACUAAGGAAGACACUGAAGUAUUGAAAGAGCUCAAGGCAGCCUUUGGACCAGAUUUUGUACAGAAGCAUUGCAUUAUGGUUGUAAGUCACGCAGACCUAUAUGACACAGAAGAAGAAAACGGUGUGAGCAUAAUGCAAUUUUUAAACCAGGAAACUGGAGAGUUUGCAGAUACCAAAAAAGAAUGCUGUCAUCGAGUUGUCACUUUCGACAAUGCAACAAACGACCAAAGUAUCAAAGACGAACAGAUAGAAAAACUAUUAAAAUUUGUUGAUUCCAUUGUUGCAGAUAUUGGUCGCUAUAACAAAGGUCUUUUUGAACAAGCGAGAGAAGCUCGAAAUAAAUAUAUUGAAGAAAUGAAAACUCCUAUUCUUUCUGAUGAACUUAUAGGAGAUAGUGUCUUAAUCUUGGAGGGAAUAAAAACUAUUGAUGUCAGUGAUCGAGAUACGGCAAUAAAACAAAUUAAAACCUAUAAACAAAAAGUUAAUGAUUUGAAAGAAAGAACAGAUAAGGAGGAUAGAGGAACAGGCAAGUUACAGUCUAUGUUUCUUCAGUGCAAAACAAUGGCUGAAUUACUCGCUAAUAAACGAGAAGAGGUGGACAGAGUAGCUGGCUUGAACGCACAAAUAGUCAGCCUAUCUAAGCGGACAAACCAAGGGGAUGAUGAGUCUAAGAAAAUAGAGGAGUUACAGAAGAUAAACAAACAAAUGGAAGCACAAAUAGAACACCUGAAUCGGCAGAUUACUAAGGAAAAUAUCACGUUUUUUCUGGAUUGUAUGGGCCAAGUGCUCGGAUUAGCGUCACAGGGGAUCAGUGUGGCGUCACAAUGGAGAGACUUCUCCCAAAGUAGACGUGUGAUCACUGGGCGCCGAGUUUACAACACGACAGCUGCUUCCGACUUGCCUGCGUUAACGCAAGAACCAACAGAAGAUAAAAAAAGAGAACAAUGAUACAAUUAAUUACGUUUUACAAAGGGACACAUUUCUAAGAUUUAUCAACAUGUUGUUUGUUCUUUUAUUGUUAUUUCAUUUGGGGAGGGGGGAUAUUUUUAACACUUUUUUUUCAUUAGCUCAUUUGAAAAACAAACUAACAAACAAAAACACUUCACUUUUAAAAACAACCGAACUAAGGGUUGUUGUUUUUUAAAUCAGACUAUUGGAAUAAUUUUUUUUUUAAUGUUUACAUCUCUAGGCAUAUGAUAACUAAAACAUAAAUUGGAUGUCCAUUUUUUUCAAUAGUAAACAAACAUAUUAACACAUACACUUGUAUGUAUGCACAACAAUUCAAAUUUUUAAAAAAAUUUGAAGAGUUUUCAUGACAGCCUGAGCAAAUCAUUUUAAAACUGAUUUUUUACUUGAUUUUUUGCUUUUUCUUUUAAUUGUAUAUGAACAUAAGAUGACAAUAUAUAUAUAUAUAUAUAUAUAUAUAUAUAUAUAUAUAUAUAUAUAUAUAUAUAUAUAUAUAUAUAUAUAUAUAUAUAUACAUCCCUUUCUUUAUAAACAACUUUACUAUUUUCUUUGUUUUUACAUACAUGCUUCAAAGUCUGUUGUGAAUGCAUAUUUUGGUUUUCUAUAGUUAUAAUGAUUUGUUUGAUGUAAUGCACAAAUUGUAAGACAAAUUUCCUUAUGGAUAAUGUAGAUUAUUAUUAUUAUUAUUAUUAUUAUAAAUAAUAGUCUAUGAAAAUGUUUACAACUUGUGGCAGAAAAUUUUUUUUUAAUAAGUAUAAUGUUUAACAUGUGUGUGAUAUUGUAUCAUACCUUGUCUUUUAGUGUAAACAAUAGUAAGUGAGAAAUGUAUUGUGAUGCUACAUCUUUGAAUUAUAAUCCCCUUUGAUGUAGUUACAGCACAUUUUUGUUUUUAAAAUAUUUAUUUUUUUAUUUUUUAUCUUAUAUGUAAAUGUUACACCAGAUUUUUGUUUUAAAAAUAUAUAUUUUAUUACUUACCAUUUAUUCAAAUUGCCCAUCAGAUUUGAAGAUAAGGACAUCCCAGACCAAACAUCCCGCAGAAUUACGGGAGGUGGCAGUAGGCAGGGUUUGAACCCAAGACCAUCGAGACCAAUGAAUCACAGUCCCAAUUUGAUCGAAUACCACAUGACCAGGCAGCCAUCCACUAUAUACGCUCUACUCUAUACAAGUCUUCGUUUUGUAUGCUUAUAUAGCUAAAUAAAUACAUCUUGAAAUAUUUCAGCUAUAAUGCAGAAUAAUGAGAAAGUAAAAGUAUACUUGCAUGGGAAGACUGCCACCCUUUAAAAAAAAACAGUUACUUUAGAAGAUGUUUUACAUAUUUUAAAGAUUAGAAGUAGUAAUAGAAACUCCCCACUAAUACUAGGCCGUGGCAAUAGAACGAAUUCUGAAGACAGAAUAUGUCCAUAUCAUUAUAUUCAUGGAAUAGGUUUAAUCCUUGUAUAGAAAUCUUAUAGUAUUUAAAUUUACAACUUUAUAACAUUACUAGCAGUACACACUGGCUACGCCCGGUGAUUUGUUCCCAGGAUUUAAAUGGCUUAUUAUGGCCGAAACACCCCAUUCUUUUCUUUUCUUAAAAUUUAAUAAACGGGCUACAUAUUAACUAUUUUUUUAAGCCUGUGAAUUAUCUGUUACAAUGAAUUUUUACGGGAUGCUCUCUCUCUCUCUCUCUCUCCCUCUUUUCGCUCUCUGGAACCCCCAUUUCUCGUAACUUCUUCGACAAGGACUUUUGACUUGAUCUGGAAAGACCCCGCUUCAUAACGCGCCCCCGACACAUACACGGUGUCACAUUUUGGGCCCGUUAAUUUUAGUAGCACAUUUACUUAUCCGCUCCCCCCCCCCUCCUCCUGCAACAACAAAAAGUUAGUGCUUUGUUCACAUUCCAGUUCCCCUUUCCACAUUUCCCUUUAGUGUUUUGUUAAAAAGAAAUAUCAAAUUGGUUUUAUUAAUUGUAAUUGUAAUUGUUCUUUUCUUUGAAUGUAGCGAAAUGAGAAUAGAUCUAGAUUUAUCUUGUCAAUGCUAUUAGGAUUUAGUUGCUUUUUUUUUUAAACAGUGUUACAAAGUAUCAUUCCUUGAUUUCUCUCUUUCUCUCAAAAAGACUCCAGAUCUAUCUUAAUGCUAUUAAAAGGAAGCGCAUGUGACGUAAGGCCUGUUGAAAAUACGUAGGUUUAGGGAAAAAGAAGAAGAAAUGCUUUA